AUGGCAGGGAAGACCCUCAAGAAGUCCUCCCUUCCUGGGGUGAGCAUCCGGCAGCUGGUGGAGGAGAUUCCUGAAGGAUGUAGCACACCUGACUUUGAGCAGAAGCCUGUCCCUUUGGCUCUGCAAGAGGGGAAAAAUGCCAUCUUUCGGGCAGUGGUCUGUGGGGAUCCCAGACCCGAGGUGCAUUGGCAGCGCACCAAUGGUGACCUUGGUGACCCCAGCAAAUACCAGAUCUCUUCUGUCCCUGGCAGCAAGGAACAUGUGCUGCAGAUCAACAAGUUGACUGGCGAGGACACAGACCUAUACCGCUGCACAGCAGUGAAUAUGUAUGGAGAGGCCGCGUGCUCUGCAAGGCUCACUGUCAUUGAAGUUGGCUUUCGGAAGAAUCGGAAGAGGCACCAGGAACCCCCAGAGGACCUCAGGAAGGAGCUGAUGGACAUCCGGAGGAUGCUGAAAAAGAGGACCCCACUCCCAGCCCCAGAAAAAAAGGUAGACCUCAAGCAAGUGUGGCAGCUGCUGAUGACUGUGGACCGGAAGGACUAUGAGCAGAUCUGCAUGAAGUAUGGCAUCGUGGACUUCCGAGGCAUGCUGCGCAAGCUGCAGGAGAUGCGCAAGGAGCGCGAUGACAAGAUGGCGAAGUAUAUCAACACCAUCUCCAACUUGAGACACAUCAAGGUCACCAAGGAUGGACUUGCAGUGUUUAACUUGGAGCUGGAUCUCAAGGAUUCUGGCAGCAAGAUUUACUUGUAUAAGGAUGGUGAGAUGAUCCCCUUUGGCUUUGACAACCAGACCAAGCACUGUCUGCGGCACCUGGGGAAGCGCUAUUACUUCCAGAUCCAAGACCUGCGGCCCCAGGAUGCUGGCAUUUACCAGGUCAGGGUGGAGGAUGCCGAAGUCUUCUCCACAGAGCUGGAGGCCAGCGCCAUCCCACCAAGGGUAGUGGUCCCACUGGCCGAGGUCCGCUGUGAGCAGCAAGGUGACGCUGUCUUUGAGUGCACGCUCUCCAGUCCCUGCCCCAACGCUGCCUGGCAUUUCCAGCAUCAGCUGCUCCGAUCCAGUGACAGAUUUGAAGCAUCUGUGUCCCCUGAUGGGCUGACCCAACGGCUGGUGGUGAGGGGGGUGCGUUUCUCUGACAUGGGCUGCUAUUCACUGAGCACUGGGCUCCACGUCUCCAGUGCCUGGCUGGUAGUUGAAGCUGGGAAGAAUAAAGGCUUUCUGACCACCAGUGAAGACGGCCAUUAUCUUAGCAGCAGGAGAGGUGGCACAAUGGGAAGGGUGGGCAUCUACAGCAAGGAGCAGGAUGCCCCCCAAAGGUCCAGAUAUGGAUACAAGCCUGGCCAUGGAAGUUUCUCCAAGGAGAGCAGAGGUCCCACAGGUUACUUCUCCCAGGGCCUGGCUGACACUGAAGCCCAGCAAGGGGAGGCUACCAUGCUCUUCUGCACCCUUACCAAUGACCUGGGACCUGGAGCCUGGUUUAAGGAUGGCGUCCAGCUCACUGCCCAGGAUGGAGUCAUCUUUGAGCAAGAUGGUCUUGUGCAUAGACUCCUCAUCACCCAUGUGCAGGGGGCCCAGGCCGGGAGGUACACCUUUGUAGCCGGCAACCAGCAGAGCGAGGCCACCCUAACCAUCCUGGACACCCCUACCAUCGCCCCAAACAUGACAGAGAAGCUGAGAGAGCCACUGGUGGUCAAGGCUGGGAAGCCGGUGACAAUGAAGAUUCCCUUUGAGAGCAACCUCCCGGUUCAAGCUGCCUGGAGGAAGGACGGGGCUGAGGUGCUAGGCAGCAGUAGCAGAGGCGCCCAGGUGUCCCUGGGGGAUGGCUUCACUCGUCUGUGCCUCCCCAGUGCCAGCAGGAAGGACCGUGGCCAGUACAGCGUGACACUGAGGAGCAAGGGGGGCUCUGUGCAGGCUGAGUUCACCCUGAAAGUCAUAGACAAGCCCCAGCCCCCACAGGGCCCCUUGGAGGUGCAGGAUGGCCAUGGGGCUGGUGUCUGCCUCCACUGGCGGCCCCCUAGGGACGAUGGGGGCCGUGCCGUGCAGCACUACAUCGUAGAGAGAAGGCAGUCUGGCAGGAGCACUUGGCUGAAGGUGGGCGAAUCCCCUGCAAACAGCACCACCUUCACCGAUGCCCACGUGGAACAGGGCAAGAAGUAUACCUUCCGCGUGCAAGCUGUGAACUCUGAGGGGGCUGGGGAGGCCCUGCAGUCUGAGGAGAUGCUGGUGGCUCCUAACGCUCUCCCUGGCCGUCCUUCUACUCCAGACAUCCUGUCAGCCUCCAGCCAGGGCAUCACACUGACAUGGACGAUGCCUCGGGGCCCUGGGAGUGCCCACAUCCUAGGCUACCUUAUUGAGAAGCGCAAGAAGGGAAGCAACACCUGGACAGCAGUGAAUGACCAGCCUGUGCGUGAGAGGAGGUGGACGGUGGUUGACAUGCAGCAGGGCUGUCAAUACGAGUUCCGGGUCACGGCCGUGGCUCCCUCAGGCCCUGGAGAGCCUGGUCCCCCAUCGGAUGCCGUCUUUGCUCGGGACCCCAUGAGACCUCCUGGGCCCGUGCGAGAUCUCCAAGUGACAGACACGUCGCACACCAGUGUCACCCUGAGCUGGGCGCGGCCAGACACCCAGGAUGGGGACGAAGCCCUGGGGUAUGUGGUGGAGCUGUGUGGCUCAGAUAGUCUCCAGUGGAGGCCAUGCCACACGGGUACUGUGACAGCCACCACUUACACAGCCAAGGGGCUUCGGCCCCAAGAAAGCUACUUCAUGCGGGUGACAGCCAUUAAUGAUGGGGGACGCAGUCAGCCCACUGCCCUGGACACAUUAGUGCAAGCCAUGCCCAUUUCUGUGUGUCCCAAAUUCCUCAUGGACUCCAGCACAAAGAACUCGCUGACAGUCAGGACUGGGGACACAGUUCGGGUGCCUGUAACCUUUAAGGCUGCCCCCAUGCCUGAGGUGACCUGGCUCAAGGAUGGAUUGCCCUUGCCCAAAAGAAGUGUGACGACUACCAAAGAUGGCCUCACCCAGCUUCUAAUUCCUGUGGCCAGCUUCACAGACAGCGGCCUCUACACUGUGGUGCUGAGGAACCUGCAGGGGAAGGAGACCACUUAUAGCUUCUUCAUUAGGGUGGCAGCAUGCCCGAGGGCACCAGGGCCCAUCAGCCUGCAGGAAAAUGUGCCUGGGACAGUGACCGCUGAGUGGGAGCCCUCCCUGGAUGAAGCGGAGGCCAAGGAUGUCCCACUGCACUACACAGUGUUUACACGCUCCUCAGCACACGACUCCUGGCGGGAGGUGGCUGAUCAUGUCCACACCAACCACUUCACUCUCCUGGACGUCCUUCCUGGCCAUGAGUACCACUUCCGUGUUGUAGCCAAGAAUAAGCUGGGGGCCAGCAAACCCUCGGACACCAGCCAGCCUUGGUACAUCCCCCGGCAGCGAGACAGGUUCACAGUGAAAACUCCAAGCCACCGGGAGCCCGACCUGAGCCAGAAGCCUUGGUUCCUGGUGGGCCUGAGAGCGCACCUGCUGCCACAGGGCUGUGAAUGUUGCAUGAGCUGUGCGGUGCAGGGCUCACCCAGACCUCGAGUCACCUGGUUCAAGAAUGACCAGAGUCUGGAAGGAAACCCUACGGUCUAUAGCACCAACGUGCUAGGCGUGUGUUCCCUCGUCAUCCCCAGCGUGUCCCUGAAGGACAGCGGCCAGUACAAGGCUGUGGCUGAGAACGCUCUAGGCCAAGCCGUCAGCACAGCUACCCUCAUCGUCAUAGGUAAUGGUGGCUGCCCUAGCACUGGUCAAGCUGGCCAGGAGGAAACCCAGUUCCUAGCCCUGCAUCACCCAGGGAGGACCCUGCCUGGGCCCACAGCCACAGGAUGUACUACAGAUCCCAAAGCUUCAUUCCUGACGCCCAUGCAGGCCUGGAGAGUGAAUCCCAAGGGCCUGGAAGUGGCCAGCAAGGCCCACCUCUCCUCCACCACUGAGGAGAGAUUCAGUGAGCACAGCUGGGGAGAUGAGGAGUUGGAGCUGGGGAAGCUGGCCAGGAGGGAAGAAGAGCACCUAAGGGCGCGGCCUCAGCUGCUGACAGCUCUACGUGUUCCCUGGGACAUGGUGUCCUGGGGCUGGGAGCUGAAGGAAGAGGCUGCGCAGUCCUGCACGCCCCCAUCCCUCCGGAGCGCUCGCUCCCGCAGCGGCAGUGCCCUGCAGCUCCGCGGAGCCGCUGAGAGAGAGAAGAACACGCUCCGCCAGCCCGUCCGCCGCGCCGGUUACACCUAA